GGCUGCAGCGGCGGCGGCGCCCUUUUUGGGCAGCAGGUGGGCGCGCGCCAGGUGCACGCGGAAAGGGGCGGGGUCAACGGUUUUCCUGGAGCACCGGAUCUGCAGCAGCAGGAGAUGCUUACGUAGGAGAUUAUCUUGCACUGGUCAUAAUGCUUCUGUGGCGAAGCCGUUGAUCAGGUACUCUGGAUGUGUUAGUUGCUAUGGGAGAUUGGAGCACUAUCACAGUGCCAGCACUGUUACCAGAUAAUAAUACUACUUGGCAUACCUCAACCAAAAAUAUGUCCCCCUCAAGCCUAAAUGUGCAGCAAGUGUUAUGCUCACCACUGCCUUUGUCCAAAAGUGUGCACAACUUUUUCAGUGCCUUCUGCACAGAAGAGAAUGUUGAGCAGAGCCUCUCCUAUCUUAACAGGGAGCUGACCACACUCGGUUUCCCUUCGCUUUAUGCUGACCCCAAAGGUAAAGGCUUAUGUGUAGUAUCAGUCCUAAACUGUAUGAAUGAACUCCUUCUGCUUCACCGCAAAACUCUGCGUGCUCAGGAAGAAACAGAAACUCAACACCUGAAAUUGGUUAGUGAUAUGGACCAUCAGCAGAACUGCUACGCUAAAUUAAAGGAGCAGAUGGAAACAUCUAGAAGAGAAAUUGUUGGACUACAGGAAAGGGAUAGGCAAUUGCAGUGCAAAAAUAGGAAUCUACACCAGUUACUCAAAAAUGAAAAAGAUGAGGUUCAGAAAUUACAGAAUAUUGUUGCAAGUCGAGCGACCCAGUACAAUCAUGAUAUGAAGAGGAAAGAAAGAGAAUACAACAAGCUGAAAGAGCGCUUUCAUCAACUCCUUAUGAAUAAAAAGGAUAAGAAAAUAGCCAUGGAGGUUCUCAACUAUGUAGGGAGAGUUGAUGGCAAGAGAGGUGCAUGGAGAACAGGGAAGACAGAAGCCCGAAAUGAAGAAGAAAUGUACAAAGCUCUUCUAAAUGAUUAUGAACAGCGCCAGAAACAGCUUCUGGUUGAAAAUGCUGAACUCAAAAAGCUACUUCAACAAAUGAAGAAAGAAAUAAUUUCUCUCUUACCACCUCAGAAGCAGAAACUUAAAGAGAAGAGUGAAGAUGACAGUGGAACUGUUCUGUCAGACACGGAGGAAGACCCUGGAGAAGCAAAUAAAGAGAAUGUGUGGGAACUUUCUUGUGAAACGGUGCGUGAACAGCUAGUUAACAGCAUUCGUAAACAGUGGAGAAUGCUGAAAAAUCAUGUUGAAAACUUGGAUAGCCAAGUGUCACAUGUACAUUCUGGACCACUACAUGACAAAGAUAAAAUCUCAAGAGAGGAUCAUGAACUGGAAGUUGAAAGAUUGCAAUCAGAAAUUCACCAGUGCAAGGAGAUGAUAAAAACUCAACAGCAGCUCUUACAGCAGCAGCUAACUUCUCCAUGUGACGAUGAUACCAAUAUGUUGCUACAGGACUGUUACUUGUUGGAAGAAAAAGAGAGACUGAAGGAGGAAUGGAAAUUGUUCAGAGAACAAAAGAAGAACUUUGAGAGAGAGCGCAAAAGUUUCACAGAUGCUGCUAUUAGAUUAGGACUUGAGAGGAAGGCAUUUGAGGAAGACCGUGGAGUUUGGCUGAAGCAACAGUUCUUAAGUAUGACUUCUGAUCAUGUGAAACCUCAGUGUGCCUUCUUGGGAAGUUCAGAAUUGGAUACUACAUUAGCAAAUUUCAGGUCUUGCCAAAAGAGACUGAACCACUUCUCCAGUGUCCCUAAAUUCUCAGAUGUUUGUGAGGCAACUCAGCAUGUUCGUGAGAACAGUUCAAGUGCUCUUCUAGAAAAAACAGCUGAAGACCGAAAACCAAGCAGAAAGGAGCAGCUGAGAAAAAUACAGACUAGUGAUGCCAGCCCUGUUUUGCAAAGAAAUGCAGACAAUUUGCACAUGCUGCUACCAGAAAACUUGAACACAGAGCGGACAGAUAAUUCGCCUUAGAAUCUUAACCUCUUUCUGUUAAGCAGUACUGACAUGUCUAUAAAAUUUUCUGACUUAGCGAAACAGGGUGUUAUGAGUGGAAUAAAUCAGUGCUGGUGUUAGCAGUUGUACUGUAUGUGUGGCUUUUAAAGAUCUACCCAUCCCUUUCCUAUAUGUACUCCUAUAGUCAAAGCUGUAAAAAGAUCAUUCAGAUACAUGUAUAUUCUUAAAACAAAAGACGUAGUUCUUUAACUGAAAGAAUGAAUGUAUGAGUCUUCAGACAAUGAAAUGCUUCAGCAUUUGUAUUUUAUACUUCAGGCAAAAGUAGCACUUUUAGCACUAGUUCAAGAUGAAAUGUUCAAUUGUGUCUCAAGUGUUAACUGAUAUGGAAACAUUUUCUCUUUAACUUGAAUGUACAGUAUACCGUAGAUGAUUGCCAUUUCUAUAUUUAUUGUGUGAUUUCAGAUUACCUCUUCUCAUAUCUCUUAAAGAAGCAAGGCCUUAGCUUUCAGACAGACAAAUUUUAAAGGGUUAUGUGACAAUGCCAUGUACAGAUCCAAAAAAAGGAAAAAAAAUCAUAGUAUAUUACAUGCCAAUCAUAGCUGAGUUUUUUAAAUUGCAAUACUGUGUUUACAGAUGAGAGUUAUUAAUUUUUGUUUAAAAUAUCAUUUCAGUCAAAAAACAGUCACUUUAAAAUGCAGCAACAAAAUAAAUAUAAGUAUAUUUGCGAAACAUGAA